AUGUAUCAAUGUUUGGCUAUCGAUGAAGUCAUAGAUUGCUCCAACGAAGAGCUGGUGACUUCGGUUUUCAACGAACCCAUCGAUUUAACUUUUAAUGGGACAGUUAAAAUUUAUGAAAAUGUUUCAAUCAACGAAAUCUUAUCAACAUCUAACAAUGAAUUUGAUGUGAUGUAUAUCGAUGCUCGUCUACAAAAUGUAACCGAUCUAAGUGGAAGUGUCUCCUUGAAUUUGAUCAUUUUUACCACAGAAAAUUUUCAAAAUUAUGCCAAGGAGCAGACAGCAACCAGAAUAUCUUUGAAAAUCAAUUUGGGCUGUGGUUCGGGAAAAGAAAGGAUAUUGGUCUUCUUCCAACCUCUCCAAGAGGGCAACUACUAUAGUCCCAUAUUUUCUCAAUCGCAGUAUGAGUUACUGAUGCCCACGCCAAUAUUUGCUGGUUUUGAUUUAACCGCCUUCGUUGAGAUCUCAGCCAAAGAUGACGAUCUUACACAAAAUCAAAUUAAUUUUACAUCACUCACAUCGAGUCAACAUCACAUUAGUGUUGGCACCAAGAAUAUCUCCAGCAGUGAUAAGAAAACCUAUUUUGCCAAUAUGACAUUGGAGCGUAUCUAUAUGGAAUUGCCACAACAAAUUGAGUUUGUAAUAACAGCAACGGCAUCAAAUGUGAAAUUUUCCAACUUAGAAUGUGAAACAUUUGAUAAGUCGAAUGCUGUUUUCGAAAAGUGUUUGUUAAAAGCCCUGGCACGUCACAAAGUAAGUUUGGACAUUUAUAUUAAACUGAAUCAAUUGCCUUUGGACAAUAUAACGAUGAAUGCGCAACUACUACACAAAGGUGGCAGCUAUAAUGGAUUUAGACCCCUGCUUUAUAAUGACACCAUGAAUUUUUGUCGUUUCAAGAAAAAUCCCAAUCGUUGGAUGUUUUGGAAAAUAGUCUGGGAUAUAAUGACUCCCUUUACGAAUUUGAAUCAUACUUGUCCAUUGAAUCAUGAUGUUAUAAUUAGCAAAUUAAUUUUAGAUCCCGGAAGUCUUAAACUUAUUCCCUUUGCUCCGAAUAUUUAUAUGUUGAGACUUCGAUUUUUCACUUACAAUGUUGCCCUGUUGGAAUUGAAUUUUUACUUCAAUAUGGAGCAAAUGAAAGGAUUGUUGAUCGCAAUAUUUGCCUUAAUGGGAAUUGUUAACCAUGGCAUGGGCAUAAAUAUAAAAUUUACAAAUUUGGAGUGUGAAACUUACAAUGAGUCUAAGGCUGUUUUUCAAAAAUGUAGCCUAAAAGCCUUGUCACGUCACAAGGUCAGCAUGAAUAUCUAUCUCAAAUUGAAUGAGAUGCCUUUGAACAAUAUAACGUUGAAUGCCCAAUUCCUCCAUAAGGGGGCCGGCUAUAAUGGAUAUCGACCCUUUCUCUACAAUGACACCAUGGAUUUUUGUCGUUUUAUGAAAAAUCCCAAACGUUGGAUGUUUUGGAAAAUUAUUUGGGAUGUUUUUACUCCCUUUACGAAUUUAAAUCACACUUGCCCAUAUGAUCAUGAUGUUAUCAUUGACAAAUUAAUUUUAGAUCCCAAAAAUAUUGAACUUAUUCCCUUUGCUCCCAAUACCUAUUUGUGUGAAACUUACAAUGCAUCUAAGGCUGUUUUUCAAAAAUGUUUCCUAAAAGCCUUGUCACGUCAUAAGGUCAGCAUGAAUAUCUAUCUCAAAUUGAAUGAGUUGCCUUUGAACAAUAUAACGUUGAAUGCCCAAUUCCUCCAUAAGGGGGCCGGCUAUAAUGGAUAUCGACCCUUUCUCUACAAUGACACCAUGGAUUUUUGUCGGUUUAUGAAAAAUCCCAAACGUUGGAUGUUUUGGAAAAUUAUUUGGGAUGCCUUUACUCCCUUUACAAAUUUAAAUCACACUUGCCCAAUGGAUCAUGAUAUAAUCAUUGAUAAAUUGAUUUUGAAUCCUCAAAAUAUUGAACUGAUUCCCUUUACUCCGAAUACUUACAUGUUACGGCUUAAAUUUCAGACUUACAACGUUGCCAUAUUGGAAACAAAAAGACUGUUGAUCGCAAUAUUUGUGUUAUUGGCCACGAUUAGCUAUGGCAUGGGGACGAAUAUGAAAUUUACAAAUUUGCGAUGUGAGACGUAUAAUGCAACUAAGGCGGUUUUUCAAAAAUGUUUUUUGAAAGCUUUGGCACGUCACAAGGUCAGCAUGAAUAUCUAUUUAAAAUUUUAUGAAUUGCCAAUGAACAAUAUUACGUUGAAUGCCCAAUUUCUGCACAAGAAAAGUGGCUAUAAUGGCUUACGUCCCUUUCUCUACAAUGACACCAUGGAUUUUUGUCGUUUUAUGAAAAAUCCCAAACGUUGGUUAUUUUGGCAGAUUAUUUGGGGUAUUAUAACACCUUUCACGAAUUUGAAUCACACUUGUCCACUGGAUCAUGAUGUUAUAGUUGAUCAAUUGAUUCUUAAUCCAGAACAUGUUAAUCUAAUACCAUUUCCUCCCAAUGCUUAUUUGGUAAAACUAAGAUUUUUCACCUACAAAGUUCCAUUGUUAGAAAUUCGCAGUGAUGAUAAUGGUGUACCUCCUCGUAGUUCAAAUGCCACCGUUAUCAUACGCUCUGAUCCCAUAAAUCGUAUGCCCAUAAAACCUCGUUUCAUUCAACAAUUGUAUAAUGGUACCAUCAAUUUGGAUUUCUCUAUGGAACCCAUACGAAUACAACUCGCUGCAGGAUCUUAUCAACCGGAAGUACGAUUUACUUUAAGCGGCAGCGAAAUAAGAGGAUUUGAAAUCACUGAUAACAAAAAUGGUGAAAUUCUUAUUCAAUGGAAUUCCUCAAUAGUCAAUCAAUCCUUUAUAAUGCAACACAAAAAAUGGGAAUUGGAAUUGCGGGCAGAACACCCACAAUUGGCCGAGACGAAUGAAGCUAAUGUUAUAGUGGAAUUGGUGGACUUUCAAAGUUUCUUCCAUUUCAUGAGCACCUACUACGAAGGCCUUAUAGACACCAAUGGCCAAUUGGAAUUAUUCCCCAUUAUAUUCUACCCUCUGAUGUACAGGACUGAUAUUAAAUUCUCUUUUUUGGAAAAUCCUCAAAAUAUGUUUAAUUUGACCAACAAUAAUUUCCAAGUUAAUAUAAAUUUUAUGCCCAAUUUCACUUUGGAUGCCUUUGCCAAUGAUGCCUUCAUAAAAUUGACUCUAAGAGCCACAUGGGAACAAUUGUCUGCCAUUACGUAUGUGGUGAUUACAUUGCCCAAAAAGGCAGCGGAGAAUACACAUCCCCAGUCUCAACAGAUGUUGCAAUUUGAAAAACCUUUAUAUGUGGGCAAUUUUAGUGUGGCCCAUGGAGUGGAGUUGGAAACUAUGGUUUUGCAAAACCCAAUUAAGGGCAACAACAAUGCCUCAAAUGUAGACGCAUUUAAACUCAGCGGAGAAGGAAGUUAUUUAUUUCGUUUAAUGGUGGAUCAACUAUCGCCACAGAAAAGUCAAGUGCAACUUCAGUUAAAUGGAACGGAAGUUGUUAAUGAAGCCAUGCAAUUACAAACGCCCAUUCUAUUGAUAUUGGAAGCAAAGCGAGAGAACUUGACAACCUAUUGUAGUAUUGUUCUUCAAAAUCCUUCAAGAGAUGUAAUCGCUGUAAAUAGCACCACAGUUUUUGUGGCUCAUUCGCUCAUAGGAAAGCUUGACCUUAAAAAUGGUAAUCAGACAUUGGCUGUUGAUGCCAUUGAAAUAAGGCCUAUGGAUAACCUAAAGGAUUAUGAGUUUCUACUAAAAGGAGAUGAAUCUACAAAGUUUGAAUUGAUUAUGAAUGUCAAUCUAUCUUCACUCAAUGUAAUACUGAAGAAUGAUCUACCAAAUGCUACCAUCGAGUCAAAUAAAAUUUUAAUAUUGCAAGUUCUGGCAAAAUUGAAAGGAUCAUUGAAUAUUAUGGAUACCCUAAUGAUUUUUGUGAAAUUACCCCAAAAAGAAUGUCACGCCACCAGUAAACCUACUCCAAAUUCUCCCGCAUUCCCCAAUUCGAACUAUGUGUUUACCACAUUUACCAACACUACUGGCUCUUUGGGUGUUGUUAGAGCCUAUAGCCAAGAAAUUGCUUCAAUAUUUCACUACAUACUGGAAGUAGACAAUGAUAUUUUAGCUCAAAGGCUUUCGAUUGAACCUUUUUCUGGAGAAUUAAUGUUGUAUGGCAGCAUUGAAGAAGGAACUUACAAUUUUAAUGUGACCGCUGAAAAUAUGGAUACCCAUGAAACAGCUCAUAUUCAAGCUGUUCUAAAGGUUAGCCAAAAGGAAGAGUGCAAGCUAUUUGAAGGUGUUGCGGUGGAGAAGACUUUGGUCGUGCGUCAUAUAGCGGAGGAAGUACCACAUCAUGGUUUCUGGAAUAUGAAGUUUAACGAAAAUUGUUCAUUUCGCAUAGAGGAAAUGUGGCCCAAGGAUAAAGAAUAUGCCUACCUCAAUGAAACCUCUUUGAAACUGGAUAUUAUGCCUAUUGAUAGAGAAGAUGCCAUAUUUGAGUCAAUGGAAGAAGCUCAAAUUCUCAUAAAGCUCAAGCUAUUAUGUGGCAAUGAACAAAUGUCUCUGAAGACAAACUCUGCCCCAAGGUCCUCCCGUUCCCUGGAUUUUAUUGAUCGUGUUUACAUGCAAGAUAUCAUUUAUUCACCCGAUACCAUGUGGUUACAUUUGAUUAUCGAUGACAUUAACGAUAAUGCCCCUCAGUUCAAACUUAAAUAUACCCUGGACUAUUUUGGCUAUCCUGCUGGCAAAGCAAAUGUUGACAUAUAUCCUGAAUACCUCAUGCAAGUCGAAACUAAAGACCUAGAUUUGGGUAUAAAUGCCAAGAUAAGAUAUAGCAUGCGAAAUAAUGCAUACUUUGAUAUAGAACCUGAAACGGGUAAAAUCUAUCCCAAGGGUAUGGUGCUGCAGGCCCAACAGCAAACUGAAUUGAUUGUAUUGGCUACGGAUCGUAAUGGCGAAGGUUUGAUAUCUGGUACAGUGAUAAUUGUAAAGGGUUUAGCUCCCGAUUUCUAUAGCCUGAUAACACUCAAGGAAAAUUCUUCCAAGUCUUUGGAGGAAAUAACUCAGGAACUUAGAGAGACUACUGGUUAUGCGGUCAAAGUUAUUAAGAUGUCCUAUGUACCCCAAGUUCAGACGAGAAGUUCAAGGAGUGACCAGGCGCAAUUGGUUUGUAAAGCUUGGAUUUAUGCUUUUAGAGAUCAACAAUUGGUUGAAUGCAAGGAGUUGCAAAAAAAAUUACUUGAUAUACGCCCAGUUCCUAGCAUUAUCAACAUCGAAUCGUAUGAGGAGGCCGCUUUACAUGCAGGACUUGCUGGAAAUGCUCCUUCCACUACCGGUUACAUAGUUGCCGUUGUUAUAUUGUCAAUUGUCAGUGCCACCUCAAUUGCUUUUAUAAUAUGGCGUUUUUACUUCAAUGGCGAGUUGCCCUUCAAUUGUGGUUCAAGGGAUACAUACAGCAAUGACAAUGGACAAAAUUGUGGGAACGGCCAGCGUACUACAAAGGAAGGUUCCCGUGAAGGGGCGGAUAAUCAACAUACAAAUCGUGUCAAGUUCAGCUCUCUAGUUGAGAAUGUCACCAUAGGAGAUUGUGAGAAGUGAGAUUAGUUUAAUGAAAAUUGGAUGUUGUGUACAUAUGUAAUGGAAAGUGAAUUUAAUGUAAAUGUGUAUGACCAAAUAAAGUUUGGUUUCUGUUUUUA